AUGAGAAACUUCAUCGUUGGUAACCUCACCCGGUGUAGAUUGUUCACGCGAACAUGGAGGGGCGGAGUGCAUAGGAGGGGGAACGUGUCCACUCGGGUGGAGGAAGAAUAUGUAGAUCGAUUGGUGAGCUGCACUCCAAACGGGAAGCAGAACCAGGGAGACAACUUCAUUGCAGAUGAGAAGACCACACACAACGAUGGCCACAGCACAGCUCAUUACGAUACGCGCAACGACCCUCCCGAAGCCACCUCCACGUCCGACUCCAUACACGUGCGAAAGCAGAGAGACUUCCUUCAAAAAAUUGACGAGAACGACUGCGCCCAGGAGGAGCAUAGCACCGUCAGAAUAUUCAAACAAAGGGAUGCAGAAGCCGAUUCAGACUUCCUCCCCUGCAACGAUAAAUACAACAAGCUUGUUAAAAGGUACAAUGAGCAAAAGGGACUAGCAAAGGGGGGGUCCAAGACGAAGAAAAGUUUCCGAUUUGGACAAAGUGCCCUACCUCCGCAGGACGACGAAAGGAGUCUAUGGGAAAUUUUAAAAGAAAAAGAGGAUUACUUAAGGAAUAAGAAAAAAAUGAAGAAUUAUCAGAAGGAGCUAGAUCAGAAAAUGAGCAGGGAGUAUCACAAAGUUAAAAAGGAGGAGCAGUAUAUGAACUCUGCGGGGGGUAACGCAAGUAAUCGAGUGCAUAAUAGGGGCGGGCGUAGAAGUCCUCCUUCUGACCCAAUUUCCCCAACCCAUGAUGAUAUCGAUCGCUUCUUGUCAGGUGACCAGGACUACACAAAUGAAAUAAAAUCGUAUGAUGAAAUUUACACCGAGUCGUCCCUCCACAAGGGGGAAGCAAAACGGAGGGGCGCAAGUAACAAGGAGGAGAAUGAUGGUAGAGAGAACAACCUUGCUGCCCAAGAAGACGAAGCGGUUCAGCAGGACACGAACGAACUGAAUAUAAACAACAUGAUUCAUGAGGAUCUGACGGAGAGCACCCUUUCUUGUGACCUGAACGAGCGCUACGCAGAACUGAGGAAGAAGAAAGUGGUGAGCGAAUUUUUGGUGGACGAUUUGGAUACGAAGGGGGAGGCCAAUUCCGCAGCUUCUGGGAAGGACUCCCUUUUCGUGAAUGAAAUGGAAGACAUCACUGCGAGGAGGUGCAUUGGGGAGAUAACAAAAGGGGACAACUACCAAUUGGGUAAGGAACAACACAACAACCAAGUAGAGAAGAAACCCCACCACAAUGUGUGUACCGUCGAGGUGACCCCUGCAGAUGGGGUGGAGCGGUUGAGCGGGCAAAGCCUAAGCACCAUCAUCGACGGAAAUAUAGACAACCUGAUAAUCCAGAGGGAAAUAAAAAAAGAAAAAACAGCCAUGGGCAUAAUGACCGUACUUUACAACAACCUGCAAACCUGCGAUAACAUCAACCUCAGUAGCGCACUUAUGAAAAUGUCGAAGCUGAUGGAUUCGUACCAAAAGGGGAGCGUCACAAAGAAUUACAUGUACCUUAAUGUGUUGAAAAAAAUAGAUGAAAAGUUGGGCACCUUUGAAAUGUCCAACUUGGUGCAGAUAUUCUAUGCCUUCGUGAAGGUUGAACACUUCCCCUAUUUUUUCAACGACGUAAUAAAUUACAUGAGCGUUAAGUUGAAGGAUGCAGAGGCAAAACACAUUUGUAGUAUUCUCUACACUUUGAGUAACAUCCUCGUGGAGACGAACGAAAGUCGCGUCUUCAAAAUGAAGGUCAUCGACAUGGUAAAAUCGGACCUGUUAACCACAUCGACAAGUCUGCACCUGAACGAUGUAAUAUCUCUGUUAACCUCUUUAUCCAAAUUGAAGUACAAGGAGGUGAACAGUUAUUACGAAUUGUCCAAGCGGAUUGAGGAAAACGUAGACCAGCUAACCAUGAAAAAUGUGAGCAACAUUUUAUGGGCCUUCAGUCAUAUCAAUUAUACCUCCAAGUUGGUGAAGAAGUUAAAAAAAAUCGUAGAAAGAGACAUACACAAAGCUGAUCAUCUCGAUUUAGUGAACAUAGUUUACUCACUAACCAAGUUGAAUGAAUACGAUGAGUACCUCUACAUGGACGUCUUUUACAAUGCAAUUAAUGUGUACUUACACCACAUGAGUGUGAAAAAUCUGUGCAUCCUUCUAUGGUCCUACACGUAUGUGAAUGCACACAAACCAGACCUCUAUAUAAAUAUACUCACCAAGUUGAAUGAAAAUGUGAAGCAAAUCACCACAAAAGAUAUUGUCUCCAUAUUGACCUGCCUCAGUAGAAUACAAUACAGUUAUAAAUACAAACAUCUCUUCUCCUUUUUGAAAAAUAAAGUUGUAAAAAAUUUGUAUGCCUUCUCUCCUUUGCAAAUCACCAAUGUGAUGUACCAUUCGUCCUUCCUCGAAAUAUAUGACCAUAAAUAUUACUACCUCCUCGUUCAGCAGAUUUUUCAAAUCAGGCACCUUCUUUAUCUAGAAAAUUUAGUUCUCAUUCUUUAUGCGCUCAAAAAUGUCUGUUACUUAAAUGUGCACCAUUUGGACGUCUUCCGAUUAAUUUCACACAUCCUUCACAACGUCAAGCGGAAAUAUAAGUUGCUCUGUGGAGAGGACUGCGUAAACAUCAUGCUCAUAAUUAACGAUCUGGCGAAAUAUGCCCAGCAGGGGUACCUCGUCUGUGCCUCCCCCCCAGCAGGAAGUGCAACGACAGAGGGGGCUUCACCAAUGUUAGACUCCUCCUCUUUGAUAUCCCCACCAAAGCGCUACAUAGACAUAUUUGACGAUAACGUAAAGCUUACCGAUUUGCCUCCCUCCCUUAUGAGCAACAACGAGGAAGAAGUGUACCUGCCACAUAUUAGUGACCUCCUAUAUGAACAAAUAAAAUUGCGCCUGCACAAAUUCUGGCAGCUCAGCAUUAAAGACGUCAACAACUUGCUAAUCAUCAUGAGGGAAAAACGCAUGCACGAUGAUGUUAUUUUAAAUAUGAUCAUGAGGCAAAUUAUUCCCAUCCUUUCGAAAAGCACAAACAUGGAAUUCCUAAUCUUUUUAAGCAACAUUACGGCCAGUAGGUACAUGAAGUUUGUGGCUCUCACACACAUGUCUAGGCGGCCAAAGCUCAUUGGCCUGUUUAAAAAAAAAAUCAAUUCCAUAACGAGCGGUAUACUGAAUAGCUACCAACAGGAGGAGGAUGUAGACUCGUUCGCUUCUUCCCUAAACGGGGCAGACGGUAGUGACCCCUCCGACCAGCGUACCUUACUUACCAUGCGGCACGAAGCACUCACUCAGGAUAGUGUGCCCUGUUUGGGAGAUCACCCAAUUGUACAAACGGGGGAAAGCGUAAAUGGAGUUGCACCCCCAAUGGGAAGUAUACCAACUGCCUACAUUCCGCAUAGCCCCAGCACGGUGGUCGACCUGAACAGCUGUAUUGCCCUCUGUUACGCCUGCUUCAACAUACACUACGAGGACGACAAUAUACUAAAGUUAUACGACUUAGUGGAACACAUGAUUGUGCAGGAAAAAAGACCCAUCUCCUCCUUCAUGCUCAUCAAUUUCAUCUACAUUUUGGCGCUCACAAAUAAUAAGAUGUCUCUGGUACGUAAGCUAUCGCAGGAAUAUAUGCACCACAGGUAUGCGAACGAUCUGGAGAAGAGUUGCGAAGAACGGGGAUCACAACGAAACGUCUUAACCAAGCAUCCAGAUGAACAAGACCAAUGUGACCCCUCAUCGAUGAACCAACCUGUGAGGACCCUACAACGUGCCACCGCCAAAACAUCCUUUAAUUUGUUCUACGAAGAAAAUGAUAAAUUACGCUCCUACCUCCAGAAGGGGGACGAAGAGGCCUCCUUACUACUGCUAAAAAUGGCCUACGUAAACAUUCUCCUAAAUACGUACGAUUACUUGUACCAACUGCUGACUGAAAUUUGUACCUACUCUGACCAGAUCUACACACAUGAGUUUGUUAUGCUGGCUAAACAAGUCUGUUACCACGUCUACAAUUUUGUGGAUUUUUUCUCCAAAGAUAAGGAGGCCAAAUAUGUAUUCAAUAAGGUGGCGCCAAAUGUCUACAUAAAUGAAAACAACAUCUACCUCGACUUGGAUUACGAGCCGUCUCCUGUCAACCUGCAAAUAACUGCUCUGCAAAGCGAAGCAAACAUGGCUGCACAUAGGAUGGAACACACAGCACAGGUCAAUGCACCACCGCAAAAUAAAAAAAUAGCCAAAUCGUUCGAUAACAAUCUGAACAUUGCCAAGUUUUUUUACCACAUACUGAAUUAUAACAUGGACGACGUAAACAUGAGAAAUGACAACUCUACCUCCUCCCGGGAGGAGAGGAAGAAAAUCAAGAUGUUCCACUUUGACCAUGUCAUAUGCGACAUCCUCAAUUUUCUGAACGUACAGUACAAGGGAUCCUACACGCAUGAAAACAUUUACAAAGUGUGCUGUUCCUUUCCGUAUGAGAGGCACUUAAUUGAUUUAAUGUCAUAUGAGGAUGUCCUCUACCCGUCGCACAGACCGCUACUCUCCGCGGACCUGCGUCAGAAGCAGCUGGCCUUGAAGGGCUGGACCGUGCACGCAAUCAAUUUUCGAGACCUGUACAACAGCGUAAAGGACAAAAACGUCAUCUGCUACAUCUUCAAUAUUGUGAAGAAGAUAAAAAAGGAUUUGAAUGAGUUGCCCGAUGAUGAGAAAAAACUGGAGGAAAAAAACUUCUGGGAUAACUUACAGUAUGCCAACAUUUAG